UGUUUGCUUUCGAAAGAUGUUAUAAAGUAUGAUCUUUGGCAAGACACCAAUGGAAUAAUGUCCACAUUUAAUUGAUUGAAAAUCCAUUCCGUCAUGUUGGUGUUCUUGCAUAAAGACCACGAUAGUGGCAAUGUGAUCAUAUCUCCGCUCAUACAUGAAAAUCAUGGAUUAUGACAUUUUUAGCUGCAUCUCGUGAUUUUGGUUAUGCGUCACUUGGUAUGACCAAGUGUUGGAAAUUGUAAAUUAUAAGUUUGCAGUUGUUUCUAAUGACAUAACAUGCAUACCAAAUUUCAUGGAAAACCAUCCAACCAAUCUGAGUUAUUAAAUGCGUUCCGAUAGACAAAAUCGUGAUGAUGUCCCCACCAGCUUCAUGCACAGAGGUCAUGGGUUAUGGCGUUACUAUCGGCACACCUCAUGACUUCAAAAUGUACUAUGAACUAUAACAAAUCAAGGAUCAUGAGGUUGGAAUGGAGAACCUCCAUGCUAAAUUGUAUGAAAAAUCCUAUAAUUUGCGAUUCUCACGACCACUGGUAUAUGGGUGCAUGAUCUAGACUGACAGACAUGGAGAUGCAGAUAUUAACAUGUUUUUAUUUGAAGCUUAAGCUCAAGAAACGCAUAAAAGGAAAUUUGUGAAGAAAGGAUCUUUUUAAGUGUUUAUUUUCUUAACAUAUGGACGUUUCACGAUACAAUUACAAAAUGUACAAACAGAACACACACCAACAUUGCUUCGCUCAAAUAAAUCUUCUUCAUAUUCAAGCAUCGUGUAACACGUACCUUUACCUUCAGAUCGUCUGCUUCAUGGUUACUUACAUUUAGUAGAUCCCCGGGUCCUCUUGGAAAUACUGGGGUCAGAAAAUGUUCCGUGAUCGUGAUCAAAAUCGUGAACGCAGAGGCAGUUUCCGGGAUGACAGACGGGGUAGAUUUGGUAGAGGAGGUGGAUUUGGCGGUGGCGGCGGCGGAGGGAGUACUUUGAAAGGAAGACAACCUGGGGGACAGCUUCGUAAACCACGAUGGGAUCUUGGUUCACUGAAACCAUUUUCAAAAAACUUCUAUAUUCCACAUCCAGAUGUAUCAAACAGGUCCCUGCAAGAGGUAGCAGAGUAUAGGUCCAGCAUGGAGGUAACAGUAAAAGGAAAAGACAUUCCAUACCCAAUUCAGUAUUUUGAGGAGGGCAACUUUCCUGCGUAUGUUUUGGAUGGCAUUCGAAAGCAAGGCUUCUCAGCUCCCACUGCCAUCCAGGCACAGGGCUGGCCAAUAGCUCUUAGUGGGAAAGAUAUGGUUGGGAUAGCACAGACAGGAUCUGGGAAGACACUUGCUUACAUCUUACCUGCAAUUGUGCACAUCAACAAUCAGCCCCCUCUGGCGAAUGGAGAUGGUCCUAUUACACUGAUCCUUGCUCCGACCAGGGAGCUAGCACAGCAGAUACAACAAGUUGCCACUGACUUUGGGGCAUCCUCAUCUGUCAGAAACACAUGCGUCUUUGGAGGAGCUCCAAAAGGACCACAGGCACGAGAUUUGGAGCGAGGCGUGGAGAUAUGUAUUGCAACCCCAGGCCGUCUGAUUGACUUUUUAGAGAGAGGAACAACAAACUUGAAGCGUUGUACUUACCUUGUCCUAGAUGAAGCAGACAGGAUGCUUGACAUGGGUUUUGAACCACAGAUACGCAAGAUCAUUGAGCAGAUUAGGCCUGAUCGACAGGUGCUGAUGUGGUCUGCCACAUGGCCUAAGGAAGUACAGAGUCUAGCAGAGGAUUUCUUGACAGACUAUGUACAACUGAAUAUUGGCUCUUUGACUCUCGCAGCCAAUCACAACAUCUUGCAGAUUGUGGAUGUGUGUCAGGAGCAUGAGAAGGAGAUGAAACUCCGACGUUUGCUACAGGAGAUUGGCUCAGAGAAAGAGAACAAGACUAUUAUAUUUGUAGAGACAAAGAGGAAGGUGGAUGAAAUCACCAGGAACAUUCGUCGUGAUGGAUGGUCUGCAAUGAGCAUACAUGGGGACAAGACCCAACAAGAACGAGAUCACGUGUUGCAAGAAUUCCGAUCAGGCAGAGCUCCAAUUUUGGUUGCAACUGAUGUGGCUGCUCGAGGUUUGGACGUGGAAGAUGUGAAGUUUGUGAUCAACUUUGAUUAUCCUUCAUCUUCUGAGGAUUACAUUCAUCGCAUUGGACGUACGGGGCGCAGCCACCAGACAGGAACAGCUUAUGCAUUUUUCACACCACAUAACAUGAAGCAUGCCAAUGACUUGAUUUUAGUUCUGCGAGAAGCAAAUCAAGUAGUGAAUCCAAAACUGAGUGAGAUGGCAGAAAUGGCAAAAUCUGGUGCCUUUGGUGGCAGGGGAGGGGGACGCAGCCGUUGGGGUGGCAGCAACAGUGGUGGGGGUAGUGGUGCAAGUCAUGGUGGUGGUGGUGGUAGUCAUGGCAGUAAUAGUGGUGGAGGUGGUCGAGGUGGUGCAGGCAGUCAUGGUAAUUUGGGUGGAAGGGGUGGUCGAGGAGGUGAUAGGGAUCGUGGAAGUAGAAGUGGCACCCGUUGGAUUCAGGGCUCUGGGGGGAAGUCUUCAGGAAACUCACGUUUCUCUGGCCAACCUUCACGCAAUUUUAGUACUCAAGGAGGUUCUUCAGUGGGAGGAUAUGGAGUUGGAUAUGGACAGAUGUCCUCUGGUUACAGCAGCGCUGCUGGCAAAGGCAGCAUUACUUCAAUUGGUGGCACAAAGCCAGGACCACCUCCACUACUAGGUGGGAACAAUAAGUAUUUCCAACCACCAAUGCCGCCACAAGUCACAGCUCCUCGUUUUAGUUCGCAGCCACCCCCACCCCCUCCUUAUAAUGAUGGUUACCAGUACCAGCAGCAGCAGCAACCUUCCCUGAUGGGUGGGAACUAUGGCUUCAAUCAUGUGACAGCUAAGAACUAAAGAAGAUUGUUUUAUUUAUUGUUAGUUAGUUAGAAGUGCUCUGGAUGAAUUUACAUUUUAUUUAUAAGACAGAAGUUGCACAUUUCCGUAUCAGUAUUCUGUUUGUUUUGUUGUUUCUCACCAGGUGAGGAAUUUAUUGCAUAGUUCCUUAUUAUUCUGUGCUUUGUAGAGAUGUCUUCUGUGAUAUGACAAGUCCAGGUUGGACAGUAAGCACUCUUAAGGCUGUGGUGGAGAGGAAGAAUUUCUGUGAUAUGGGAAGAAUGUAAGGGCAGGUGGUUUCCCAAGUAAUAGUAUGGCUAUUUUAUAAUGCAACAGCAUUUGUUUCUCUAGUAUAUUCACAUAUUUUCUCAUAGGGUUUCUGGAGAUUUCAUUGAGUCUCACAUUGUCUGUGAUUUACUGUAUUUAGUUUAUAUAUUUUGCUUUGUUGGAAAUGAUAAUUAUUGCUCUCUUCAAUUUUAUUUAGAAUCCAAAGGAAGAUGAUGUUCUGUUUUAUGUAAAGUACAUGUGAUAUGUGACCUUUUCUUUAUGUAUGUAAUGAUGCUGCAUACCCUGCAGCUUGAUACGCAAACUGCACCCAUAUGCUGUGUAGCUAGCUGUAAAGUAACAGUAUUAUAUUAAAGGAUUUACCAAAACUAUAA